GUUUUGGAGAGGGGGUAACCAGCAGUAGAACACAAGCGAGUAGCGUGGGUUGUUUCACUGAAAUUUACAAAUCGUAAUUUAUUACACAAAAUGCCGAAAAGCGAGUUUUAUUUACGAUAUUAUGUUGGGCACAAGGGAAAAUUCGGCCACGAGUUUCUCGAGUUUGAAUUUAGGCCUGAUGGCAAACUGAGAUACGCCAAUAAUUCUAAUUACAAAAAUGACACCAUGAUCAGAAAAGAGGCAUAUGUUCAUCAAAGUGUUUUGAAUGAGUUGAAACGAGUUAUCGAAGACUCUGAAAUUCUUCAAGAAGAUGAUUCCCUGUGGCCAACUCCUGAUCGUGUUGGAAGACAAGAGCUUGAAAUUGUCAUGGGAGAUGAACACAUUUCAUUCUCAACAUCAAAGAUUGGCUCCCUUGUAGAUGUCAAUCAAUCAAAAGAUGCUGAUGGAUUACGUGCAUUUUACUAUCUGGUCCAGGAUUUGAAGUGUCUCGUGUUCUCUCUCAUUGGUCUCCACUUCAAGAUCAAACCUAUUUAAAGAUUUUGACUGUGAUGUGUAUUGUCAAAUGUCAAUUUUCCAUCAAACUAUCCCAUAUGGUGUAUGAUUGUUUUUUGUCCAAGUAAUAAAAAAGGAUUUCUUGAAGAA